AUGGAUACUUCAACACACAAACGUCCUCGUGCGUCCUCGUCUUCGUUUGCCACUUUUCCAGAUGGCGGCGAUCCUCCUCACAAAUCGUCUCGAAUCGCCAUCUCUUCCAAAAAUCCUCCUUUGUCGAGCUUUGAGGCGUCAACGAUGGCAACAGAGGGCUCGGCUCUCGUUACUGGGCAUCCACUCUACUGCAGUUUGCCACCCACUUGCCACCACAAGCCAACACCGAUAGCCAACACGCAGGAUCUUGAGAGACACUAUGGCACCUAUCACGCCCAUGUAUGUGAACUGGAUAACUGCGGGUGUGUUUUCCCGGAUGCUAGGCUUAUGGAGCUCCAUCAAAACGAAUGCCAUGAUCCCAUCGCUGCAUUACGGAGAGAGCGAGGAGAAAAAAUAUUUCAAUGUCAUAUACCUGCUCCAGCCUGCGGUCGUAACUUUCUCACCCCGAAAGCACGCCGAUUGCAUCUUAUUCAAUCUCACGGAUAUCUAAAGGAAUACUUUUUUGCUGUCACCAACAAAGGAAUUGGAGGACUAUUGAAGAAAUGGGGAGAGGGCGCAACAAUGAUUCGCAAGGAGUGGAAACCGCGGGAGGGAAAGGGAGACUCUGAUCAAAUGGAUGAAGAUGAUAGCGACGAGGAGCAACUUUCCCAAGACGACGAGGACAAAGUGUUGUACCAAAAAGACGACGACAGAACUGAAGAUGAAGAAGAGGAACCCGCUGAUCUUGAAGCUACCCCUCGUAUGCUACCUCGGACAACAGGAAUACAUUCUCCACAAUCCUCGAUAGCAUCCUCAAAGGGUAGCGAUCGACGACAAUCACGACAACGCAAUCGACAGCAUGCUGCUAACAACGAUGCCACCGCCACCGUCGCUGGAUUGACUGAUUCUAUGAACUCACUUUCCCUCGUACCUGAUUCGAUCAGGUUUGGUAGAGGCGGAAAAAGCGGGGCAAUUAUCCCCAAUCCACGCGGGUUUCGUGGUCGUGGUAGAGGCCGUGGUGGGCACGGAGGAAGCCAAGCUGCAAAUGCCAACGUUGGACCAACUGGGAGAGCAGGUGGAGGAUUUGGUCCGUCUGCAACGGGUAACACAGUAGAUGGGCCGCAGCCUGAAUGGGUCUCGAGAGGGCGCGGACGCGGACGACCUAUGCUAAGAGGUCGCGGUAGAGGAAGAGGCGAUUGA